AUGUUAUCGAUUCUCUUAGGAAACAAGACGUUCAGCUUAUUGGAAAAAGUUAAACCGCUUUUCAAUAUCCCUAAACAGAUGGUUUCANUAACAUUAUCAAUGAUACAAGGUUUGAUGUAUAUGUGGAGUCGUAAGAUAAUGCACCGUGACAUCAAACCAUCCAAUGUGCUUGUGAAUAGUUAUGGUUGUAUAAAACUAUGCGAUUUCGGCGUUAGCCGAGUGCUGGAAACGAUUGGUCAGAAAGUAGCAACAUUUAUUGGUACACAUAAAUACAUGGCACCAGAGCGCGUCAUCUCAGACGAGUACAGUAUUCCAUCAGAGAUCUGGAGUGUAGGCAUGACAGUUCUGGAGAUGGGUCUUGGACGAUAUCCAUUUCGUACGGAAAGUCAAGGUCCACCAUUAGCCGUUCGACCUAUCGAACUAGUACAAUGCAUUGUGUAUGAAGCAACACUACCAUUACCAAUAGAUCGUGGCUAUUCACCCGAGUUUGCUGCAAUUAUUCAGAAGUGUCUUUCUAAAAAUUCUACAGACCGACCACUACCAAAGGAUUUUCUCGACUAUCCUCUCUUCAUGAAAUAUAACCAUACUGAUCCUAACCAAAAUCGCACAAUCGUUGCCGAUUUCUUCAAUCGAACUGCAAUCGCUGCUGCUCGAUCGUAA